UUGCGCAAAGUGCACGUUGUCCCAGUAUUGUUGGGAGCUGCAAUUCCACGACCGGAUGGUUCAACGGAAGAAUAUGAGACAUUUUGUCGUGCUAUGCUGAUAUUGUUUAAACCCUGGCGCAGUUUCCAGGAACUGAAAAAUAAUGACGACACAUGGGCUGAGUCAUUUUCUCGGCAGCAUUUUGCACCUGGGUUGCAUAAAAUUAUUCAGAACAUGAAUGUCGAGAAUGAGUGCAAAGACGCGCGUGAUGCACAUGCC